CUCCUUUCCUCACAACGCGAAGUAGCUAUGAUUUCGGAAAUGAUUCACACAGCCUCAUUGGUACACGAUGACGUCAUCGACCAAUCGGAUUUCAGAAGGGGGAAACCUAGCGUCAACGUAAUGUGGAACCAUAAAAAGGUAACCAUGGCGGGAGACUUUAUCUUGGCCGUCGCUUCCAUGAUGAUAGCUAGGUUAAAAAACAACGAUGUUACUUUAGUUCUUAGUCAGGUAGUCAGUGACCUCGUGCAAGGCGAAUUCAUGCAGCUCGGUUCGAAGGAAACGGAAAACGAAAGAUUUGCUCAUUAUUUAACGAAGACUUACAGGAAAACUGCCAGUUUAAUAGCCAAUUCAGUCAAAUCGGUGUCGAUAUUAGCUGGAGCCGAUGAACAAUUAUCUGACUUGGCCUACCAAUAUGGCCGCAACAUGGGCCUAGCUUUCCAAUUGGUUGACGACUUGUUGGACUUUGUUUCCUCAUCAGCAGCUAUGGGCAAACCCACUGCUGCAGAUCUUAAAUUGGGUCUAGCCACAGCACCAGUACUUUUUGCAUGCGAAAAGUACCCCGAACUCAAUCCAAUGAUCAUGCGUCGGUUCCAAGAACCCGGUGACGUGGAGAAAGCCUUCGAACUAGUGCACAAAAGCCAAGGCCUGGAACAAACCCAAUUUCUGGCCAAGCAACACUGUUCCGAGGCCAUCAGGAUAGCCAACCUGUUCAAGGAAAGUCCCUACCAAAAAGGGUUGGUAGUAGCCGCAGAUUAUGUCCUAAAUCGAAUGAAAUAGCGAAUUGUGUUGUUUAUUCUUCCUUGUUUUGUAUAGUUUGUUAUUUCUGUCUGUCCAGUGCUUUGGUACUAUAGUA